CUAUCGCGGGUCGCGUUUGUUUUGAGCGAAUUUACUGCGGAUUGAGUGAAGUUGUCACCGUUUAAUUAAUUAUUCAGAGUAAAUAACCUACGCUUCUUUUGUCCCGAGCGCAUUAUGGAGGCAAUAGUUAUGUUAAUUACCAUUUGAAAACGUGUAUUGUGUUCAGUCAAGGGGUAAACGUUAAAUAGCUUUGUUCGUAGCUUACUAACUCAGUCUUUCGUUUGUUUGCGAUGUAAAGACAGUUGAAAAGAUCUGUUAACUAUAUUCUUUAACACAUAAGAACGUUGACAAAGGGAAAACAGUCAAGUUUUCACAACAGUAUUUGCACAACGGACAGCCGGACUUAAAAACUCUUACGACGCGCCAAGGGAAGGAAACGUGCAAAGCGACAAGGAUUAGCACAGAUUUAUUUCGAGGACAAAUUUCGCCUCGCCACUUACACAGCUAUCGCGUUGCAUCCCGUGUCGCUUGGUUAAGGCGAUUAAAAACAUUACAUAUACAACAGCGCUUUUCUCACGAGCGCCUGGACUUGGUGUUAGGACCAGACUUACAGCACCACACAGAAUUUGUUCUCGCUGAAUUUUCACGCGAAGAAGGGACUCGUCGAAGGAAACCUGCGAACACAGUCCCAAAGGACUUUGCGAAUACUUAUACAGCAAAGGAAAACUGUCGGUAGAGUGGUGACAAUCUCAAAGGCGAACAAGAAGCGAUAUUUCUCAAGUGUUGAAGAAGUCGUACUGGGAAGUAUAUAUUCAAGGCUUCAUACAGACUUAGAUUUGAGGAUUUAAAACAUUUUAAUCAAAUAUUUAAACGAGUUAAGUGACUUAUCGAUCAGAGAUGGCAACCACAACUCAGACACAGACUGGCGCCGCGGCGACGAACAACGAGCAGCCAUCGACGAAAUCCGAACAACAUAUCAAACGACCAAUGAACGCGUUCAUGGUCUGGUCCCGUGACAUGCGUCGCAAGAUGGCCGCGGAGCACCCGAGAAUGCAUAACUCAGAGAUCUCGAAAGCAUUGGGUCUGCAAUGGCGAGUAUUGCCCGAGAAAGAGAAAGUCCCUUACAUUGAAGAGGCCAAGCGUUUGCAGGCCGAACACAGCGUCCGCCACCCAAACUACAAAUAUAAACCCCGCCGACGAAAACCGAAACCCGUGAAAAAGGACACUCGCUUCCCCUUUCCUUUCCCACCCACGGCAGAUAACGGUGCAUUAAAGGUACCAGGAUACCCACAAUCCAUGCCCCCAGAAGGCAUGUACCCCUACUACCAAGUGCCCUCAAGCACCUACAUGCAAUACCACGAUCCCUAUCAGGCUGCAAGGCAAGCUUCAUUUUACUCGCAAUCUCAAGGAAAUGUCCAUUCUCCAACUGGGGUCACCCACAGUGAUAUAGGCCGCGACCUGACGGGGUACAGACCUGAUGUCGUCCAGAUGCAUGGAGCCCCACCCCACCUAUACCCCAUUGACCCAAUCAACGUCCCCACCCAAGCCACGUCGGUUUAUAGUGGCACCACAACGUCGCUUAGUAGCCCAGCUAUGCCGGUGAACUCCACGAAUUCCGAUAACCCACAAAUUCACUAUCAACAAUACUUUACCCAGAGACAUAUAAACUUAUAGAUUCGUUUAGUUCCUAGUGGUCACUGACGGCUCGUUUUUAAAUCGUUUAUAAAGAUUUACAGACGUUUAGUGAAAUUAUUUAUUGAUCGAGAAUAUCAUUAGGCAGUUUUCGCUUCCAAAAAUUCAACUAGCUUGUCCAACAAAUCUGUUCUUCAGUGCUAUAGAUAUGGUUGAAGAAAGACAUCGGCGGAAGCCAUUGUAUAUCUAAGGCAGAAGAAACACUUCAAAAACUGAGUUUUACAUUGAACUUUGUGUGAAUGAAUUCCGAUUUGUAUUUAUGUUACACUGCCGGCAAGAAACUCGUCGGAUUGUGCUGAAAUUUUGUGCUUUGAUAACUGUUAAUUUACGGCAUAUACUCUGAGCAAGGGAGUGUUGCAAUUUGUGUGAUUGAUUAAAUGUAUUCUAGUUACUCUGUACUGUAUUUUUGUU